UAUACACACUGUAUAUAGAAUUUGGUAUUUAAUAUUUAGGGUAUUAUUUUAAUAUAUUUAAUAUAAAGCUGUGUUUUAGGGCUGCAGAAGAUAACACAUUAACUGAUCAUUUCAGUAUGUUUUAUAUGAUCAGUUUUCUUAAGGCUGGCUAGUUUUAGAAGCAUUUUGAUGAUUAAUGUUAAUAAUUAGGGUUUAAAAAUUGAUCAUGUACAGAUUAUCAUUUCAUGCCAUUUCAUAUUUCUGAUAUUUUUGUUUUGGAGUCGGCAAGAUUUUCCCAGUUGUUAAAGUGUUUAUUUAUUUAUUUAUUUUUUGUUAAAAAAUAUCAAAUGUGUUUUCAUUUAGUGUCUGUUUUUUAAAUAAUAACACAGAUGUGCCCAUGUUGUAUGUUCACAAUUUUCUUUUAGAAGCUUCUUGAUACAAGCCUUUCAGAUAUAAAAAUUUCUUUAUAAACUUAUUUAAUCUUAUUUACUAUAUAAACUGAGAUUCUUUGCAGAUUUUUUGGGCUGUUCACCAGAUUUGGGAAUUCACAGCAGAUGACUGACUGAACUGGAAAUUUGAUCAUUUAAAUUUAUUUUCCAAAUGUAUUAUUUAAAUUUUUGCCAAAUCAGUUAGUCCUCCUGGCGGCCAAGAUUUUUCAGUAAAUGCUUCCACAUGGCAAACUGUCCCUUUAAGAAUUAAACUGAGUAUAUUCCAACAACAUAAAAUAAUAUUACCAGACUACAGCAUGGAUUUAACACAAUCUUUCCAGAACCAUAGAGAGACAGUACCUUUUUGAACUUUGCAAAGACUGGUCGAAAGAAAUACCAAGGCCUCAUUAUAGAUUAAAACAUGUGGAAGGGGUUUUUAAAGACCUCCGAGGAAUGGUACCUUUUUGUUGGCCAUUCCAUAAAACAAUAAUUCCUCCAAGUCCUCAUCCCAACAGAGAGUGAUUCCAAGAACUCUAUAGUUGAGUGCUGAAAUGGGACUCUUGACUGAAUGUUGGUGCCCUUAAUUCAUAUCCUGAUCUGCCACUGGUUAGCAAGAAAGUUAAAGGGGGUGUGCAUUUGUCUCAGACACAAUCUAAGCUUCUUAUUUCCCUCCUUUAAAAUCUGUUUCACCUAGUUGAGAUACCUUUGCCCAAUCCCUCUGUUUCCCUCCUGGCUUUCAGUUCAUUGGACUUGUUGCGGAUUAACCUACUAGCUCAGACAGAUUGGAAAGACUUGCUGUUCUCCGAACUCUGGGCCUGAGUGGUAUUUCCUUGUUUUCCCACCUGAGCUUGUUAAAACGUACAGGUUAAGGAUCAUUCACCCUCUCCUUGCUCCCUCCAUCCCAGCCCACUUCGUUCCAAACCCGACCUCUCUUCUCCAGGCUCUCUAUCCCCUCAUGGGCGCGUUAUCAGCCAGUGCAAGAGGACCACUGUCUCAACCCUAACAGCAGUCCUCAACAUGGAGAUGAAACAACCAAUGAUAGAGAACCGAGAGGAUGGGGGAGAGCAGGAGAAAGAACAGGAGUCACACGAAAACGGAAGGCUGGUUGCGGACAGCAUUGUGGAGAAGGGUCAGAAAUCCUGCUCCGGGCCUGGGCAGGUCUCCAACGGUUAUUCCAGCACAACCCCACAAAGCCCCAGGGAAGGUGCAGGUGCUGGGAUGGACAGAGGCAGCACCCCUGGGGCAUUCAGGACUCUGGUGGUCCAGCAGACCAGCUUGGAUCCACCUAGGGAGACCUGGAGCAAAAAGAUGGACUUCUUGCUGUCGGUGAUCGGGUAUGCAGUGGACCUGGGCAAUGUGUGGCGCUUUCCCUACAUCUGCUACCAAAACGGAGGGGGUGCCUUUCUUCUGCCGUACCUGCUGAUGGCAGUGUUUGGUGGCGUGCCGCUGUUCUACAUGGAACUGGCUUUGGGCCAGUUUCACCGCAGCGGGUGUAUCUCCAUCUGGAAACACAUCUGCCCCAUCUUCAAGGGUAUAGGCUUUGCCAUUUGCAUCAUUGCACUCUACAUUGCCUUCUACUAUAAUACCAUAAUGGCCUGGGCUCUGUACUACCUCCUGUCUUCCUUUCGUACCACGCUACCCUGGACCACCUGCAACAAUAUAUGGAACACUCCCAACUGCACCCACUACCUGUCCACCGACUUGAAUGUCUCCUGGACUGACAACUCCAUCUCUCCGGCUGAAGAGUUCUAUAUACGGCAGGUCUUGCAGGUUCAUCUGUCCCCUGGUCUUCAUCAGCUGGGCUGGGUGAGUUGGCAGCUAGCCCUCUGUCUGUUAUUCAUCUUCACUGUUGUGUACUUCAGCAUCUGGAAGGGGGUCAAGACCUCUGGCAAGCUUCUUCAUAACUCUCUCUGGCAGGUAGUGUGGGUGACGGCUACAUUUCCGUACCUAGUGUUGCUGAUCCUGUUGAUAAGAGGGGCCACCCUGCCCGGAGCAUGGAGAGGAGUGGUCUUCUACCUGAAACCAGAUUGGGGCAAACUUUUAACCACGUCAGUUUGGCUUGAUGCGGCUGCACAGAUCUUCUUCUCUUUGGGUCCAGGCUUUGGUGUCCUCCUGGCCUACGCGAGCUACAAUCCCUUUCAUAACAACUGCUACAAAGAUGCGUUGAUCACAAGCUCAGUGAACUGUUUGACUAGUUUCCUAUCAGGCUUUGUGAUCUUCACCGUGCUGGGCUACAUGGCAGAGAUGCGCCAACAAGGUGUGGAGACUGUAGCUAAAGAUGCUGGUCCCAGUCUGCUCUUCAUCAUCUAUGCUGAGGCUAUUGCCAAUAUGCCGGCUGCUACGUUCUUCGCCAUCAUAUUCUUCCUCAUGAUAAUUAUGCUGGGGCUGGAUAGCACGUUUGCAGGUCUGGAAGGGGUAAUUACAGCCAUGUUGGAUGAGUUCCCCCACCUGUUGGCCAGGAGAAGAGAAUGGUUUGUGCUCGGCCUUGUGUGCGUCUGUUAUUUGGGAGCCCUCUCCACUCUUACCUACGGAGGUGCGUUUGUUGUAAAACUAUUUGAGGAGUAUGCCACAGGCCCUGCUGUUAUCACCGUAGUCUUCCUCGAGGUCAUUGCAGUUUCCUGGUUCUACGGGACGACACGUUUCUGCAACGACGUGCAGCUGAUGCUUGGCUUUGCCCCUGGUGUGUUUUGGAGGGUCUGCUGGGUAGCCAUCUGUCCCUGCUUCCUAUUGUUCAUUAUUGGGAGUUUCCUGGCAUUCCCUCCCGAGGUGAGGCUGUUUGACUACUUGUACCCUUUCUGGACCACAGUUCUCGGCUACUGUAUUGGUCUCUCCUCCUUCAUCUGUGUGCCUUCUUACAUGGUCUAUCAUCUAGUCACCACCAAAGGGACCUUCAAACAGCGUCUACUAAAGAGCAUUACCCCUGAGGCUUCAGGGUCCAGCGGCCCUCAGAGAGACACUAUUGUCAUCACCAAUGCCGUGUGACACAUUUCCUCUUCUGCUGGACAUGUAGCACAAACGCUGGGGACCCAUGUCUCCUGUAAGGGCCUCGGCUGACCUCCCUUCACACCUCACCCCAGAGGAGUCUGCUACCUGUAUUGUGUGACGGUGAGGCCAGGCCUCCGAAUACAGCCAUUGUUUUAUUUUUAUUCCAGCCGUCCAUGUGUGACCACUUUCAAUGCUCAUAUGAGUUACUGACUCCCAUGGCAAGUUUUUGAGUUUGGGUUUUGUCCUUCCAUUGUUCAUUUUAGAUCUCUAUAACCAAUUUAUACAAAUAUAUAUGGCUCAUGACUACUGUAGAAAAAUACGGGGUCAGUAAGAAUUAUUAUUAUUUUUUUUAAUUUUUUUAAGAAAUGACUAUUAGUUAGCAAGGAUACAAUGACUAAUCAAAGGUAAGAGUAAAGAUUUUAACAUUGUUACAACAGAUUAUUUCAUAUAAAUGCUGUCCUUUUAAACUUUCUAUUCAUCAAAGAAUCCUGAAAAAAGUCACAGUUUUCAGCAUUGAUAAUAAGAAAUGUACCAAAUCAUUAUUUCAGAUUGAUAUCUGAAGGAUCAUGUGAACUUUUCAAUAUUUGUUUAGUGAAGUUUGGGAUAGGAACAGGAAUGGAUGCACAAAUGGUUCAGUUUCCUUUAUGAAAAUCUAAAAUCUAUAUAGAUUGCUUUUAUACAAUAUUUAUUUUUUUAUAAUUUAUUUUUCCUUAAAUAGUAACUGAAUACAUAAAGAUUGUUAUAUUAUGGUUUUGUGACCAAUUUCAGGCAUAUUUUACAUGUACACACAUUCAUAUAAGGCCAAAGUAAUGUGUUUCUUUAUUGUUAUUACAAAAAUUUGUUAUUACGACUUAAAAGAAGAAAGUUUGAGGUUUAGCGACCAUCAAGAAUUGUGGGUAUAUUUUCUUAUUUUAUUUAUUUUUUGUUCAGUACUUGUUAAAAAGAAAAUGUAUUUUACAUUUAAGAUGUUGAAAGUGUAAAAGUAGGAAUGUAACAGAUGGAUAUAGAUAAAUA